UUCCUCCGGAAGUGCGGAACACAGAGGCACUCCUGCAGCUGGGCAGGCCUGAGACCUGGUUCUGUGUCCCUGCGGCUAUGUUUCCAGUGUCCUCUAGGUGUUUCCAAGAGCAACAAGAAACGAAUAAAUCUCUGGGGUUGAUGUCCUUUGAAGAUGUGGCUGUGCACUUCACCUGGGAGGAGUGGCAGGACCUGGAUGAUGCUCAGAGGACCCUGUACAGGGACGUGAUGCUGGAGACCUACAACAGCCUGGUAUCAUUACAGGAGUUGGUGUCCUUUGAGGAGGUAGCUGUGCACUUCACCUGGGAGGAGUGGCAGGACCUGGAUGAUGCUCAGAGGACACUGUACAGAGAUGUGAUGCUGGAGACCUACAGCAGCCUGGUAUCAUUGGGGCAUCACAUUACUAAACCUGAGAUGAUCUUCAAGCUAGAGCAAGGAGCAGAGCCAUGGAUAGUAGAAGAAGCCCCAAACCUGAGACUUUCAGCUGUCCAGAUCAUUGAUGACCUUAUUGAAAGGAGCCAUGAAAGUCAUGAUAGAUUUUUCUGGCAAAUUGUAAUCACCAACAGCAACACAUCAACUCAAGAGAGAGUUGAAUUAGGAAAAACAUUUAAUUUGAACUCAAACCAUGUUCUAAAUCUGAUUAUAAAUAAUGGAAACAGUUCAGGAAUGAAGCCUGGACAGUUUAAUGUUUGCCAGAACGUGCUUUUCCCUAUUAAGCCUGGUGAGACACAGUCUGGAGAGAAACCUCAUGUCCCUGAUAUAACCAGGAAAUCCCACAGACAUCAUGAGCAUCUUACUCAGCAUCACAAGAUCCGAACUCUGCCUUUUCAAUGUAAUGAACAAGGGAAAACUUUCAACACAGAGGCAAUGUUCUUUAUACAUAAGAGGGCUCAUAUAGGACAGACCUUUGGUAAAUAUAAUGAAUUUGAGAAAGCCUGUCAUAACUCAGCUGUUAUUGUCCAAGGGAUAACUCAGGUAGGACAGCCAACUUGUUGUAGAAAGUCUGACUUCACUAAACAUCAGCAAACACACACAGGAGAGACACCCUAUGAAUGUGUUGAAUGUGAGAAACCCUCCAUUAGCAAAUCAUACCUUACGAUACAGCACAAGGUUCCUACUAAGGAAAAACCUUAUGCCUGUAACUGGUGUGAAAAAUUGUUCAGCUAUAAGUGCAGCCUCACUGUCCAUCAGAGAAUUCACACAGGGGAAAAGCCCUAUAGAUGCAAUGAAUGUGGAAUAACCUUUCGCCGUAAGUCAUUCCUCACUUUGCAUCAGAGAACUCACACAGGGGAUAAACCCUACAAAUGUAUUGAAUGUGGAAAAACUUUUCACCGUAAGUCACUUCUCACUUCACAUCACAGAACUCACUCAGGGGAAAGGCCCUAUCAGUGUAGUGAAUGUGGAAAAACCUUUAGCCACAAGUCAUACCUCAAAAUACAUCAUAGAAUUCACACCGGGGAAAAGCCCUAUGCAUGUGACCAUUGUGAAAAAGCAUUUAGCCGUAAGUCAAAGCUUACUGUCCAUCAGAGAACACACACAGGGGAAAAACCCUAUGAAUGUAAUGAGUGUGGAAAACCCUUUAUCAAUAAGUGGAACCUCAGGAUACAUCAGAGAAUUCACACAGGGGAAAGACCCUAUAAAUGCAAUGAAUGUGGGAAAACAUAUCACCGUAAGUUGUUCCUCACUACCCAUCAAAGGACUCACACAGGAGAAAAACCCUACAAAUGCAAUGAAUGUGGGAAAACCUUUCGCUGUAAGUCAUUCCUCACUGCCCAUCAGAGAACUCAUACUGGGGAAAAGCCAUUUGCAUGUAACGAAUGUGGAAAAACAUAUAGCCACAAGUCAUACCUUCCAGUACAUCACAGAACUCACACAGGGGAAAAACCCUAUGAAUGUAAUGAAUGUGGAAAAUCCUUUUACUGUAAGUCAGUCCUAACUGUACAUCAGAGAACUCAUACUGGCAAAAAACCCUGUGAAUGUAAUGAAUGUGAGAAAACCUUUAUCAAUAAGUUAAACCUUGGGAUACACAAGAGCUCAGGGGAAAGACCCUAUGAAUGUAAUGAAGGUGGAAAAACCUUUCAUCAGAAGUCAAAUCUCAGCACCCAUCAGGGAACUCACACAGGGGAGAAACCUUACGUAUGUAAUGAAUGUGGAAAAACCUUUCAGCACAAGUCAUUCCUCACCGUACACCGGAGAACUCAUGGGAAAAACUGUGUGGAUGUAAUGAAUGUGGAAAAACUUUUUGUUGGAAAUCAUACCUUAUUAUACAUGAGAGAACUCACAGCAGGGAAAGGCCCUGAGAAUGUAAUGAAUGUGGAAAAUCCUUUCAUCAGAAGGCAAAUCUUCAGAAGCAUCAAGGUAUUCACACAGGAGAGAAAUCCUAUGAAUGUAGCAAAUGUGGAAAAACCUAGUCAGAAGUCAGUCCUCACUGUACAUCAUGGAACCCAUACUGGAGAAAAACCUUAUGAAUGUAAUGAGUGUGGGAAAACCUUUUGUCACAAGUCAAACCUCAAUAUGCAUCAGGGAACUCACUCAGCAGAGAAACCCUAUGAAUUUGAUGAAUAUAGGAAAACGUUUUACCAUAAGACUGUUCUCACCAUACAUCAGAGAAUUCACACAGGUGAGAAGCCAUUUGAAUGUAAAGAAUGUAGGAAAACGUCCCAGAAGUCAAAACUUGUACAUAACAGAACUCACACAGGGGAAAAACCCUUUAGAUGUAAUGAACGUAGGAAAACUUUCUCCCAGAAGUCAGGCCUCAGUAUACAUCAGAGAACACACACAGGAGAAAAACCUUAUGAAUGUAAAGAAUGUGGGAAAACCUUUUGCCAGAAGUCACACCUCAGCAGGCAUCAACAAACCCAUAUAGGAGAGAAAUCUGAUGUAGCUGAGGCAGGCUAUGUGUUCCCUCAAAAUCACUCUUUUUUCCCUUGAACCCACAACCUACACCUCUCCGGCUACUAUUGUAGAUUUCUGCAUGCUCGGUUUAGGAGAAUAUGGACACAAAUGGUGACCAUUAGCUCCUGGCCUACCAACAAGAAGGUCUUAACCAUGCUGUAACAGAUGGGCUAUCAUGCAGGCUUUCUUGUUCCCAUUUUUACAGCACACUUCACACUUUAAUGUCACAGUUAUGGCUGUUUUCCUAGAAGCUCAUGUGCCAACCUCUGCCAGCUUCAAACAUUUCUUCUGCAACUCCCUCACCUCUCUUCACCUCCAUAGAAUUGAAGAGAGUUAGGGCCUUUCUCAGGAUUAGGCUUUGUCUCAUGGGAAUAUUGGGGCUGGUUUGAUCUUCUAUGCAGACCACUCAGACUUUCUCUAUCAGUGAAAAGACUGUUUUGUUUUUUAAAAAUCAUUCAUGUGUUCACUGGAGUAGCACCUAUAACUUCCUUCAAGAACUUUUUAUCUGCAUUCACAACUUGGGUAGCUGAUGCAAGAAGCUUAGCUUUGGCCUGUCUUAGCUUCCAACAUGCUUUCUUCACUAAGCUUGAUUUCUACCUUUUGAUUUGAAGUAACAGAUGUGCACACUUCUUUUCACUUGAACACAUGGUGGCCACUGCAGAGUGAAGUGGCCUAAUUUCAUUAUUGUAUCUUGAGUAAUAGGGGGGCUGGAAGAGAGAAAUACAGACAGGGAAAUGACUAGUCAAUGAAGCAGUCAAACACAACAUUUUUCCAUCAUGUUUGCUGUCUUCCAUAGAGUUCCAGCACCCUGAGACAAUUCCAAUAGUAACAUCAGAAAUCACUGAUCACAGAUCAUCAUAACUGAUGUGAUAACUAAAAUCUUUGAAAGAUUUUGGGGAUUGCCAAAAGAUGUGACACAGAUGUGAAGUGAGCACACAGUGUUGGAAAAAUGGUGCUGGUCAGACUUGCUCAGCACUUCAUGGCCACAAAUCUUUAAUUUGUUAAAAAGGUGGUGUUGCCAAGCAAAAUAAAGUGAAGCUCGAUAAAGUGAGGUGUGCCUCUAUUUUGAUGGGCUCUAACAAUUUGUCUUUUCAUUGGUGCAUUUAGACCAUUGACAUUCAAAGUGAUUAUACAGUUGGAUUAAUUUUGCCAUAUCGUUUUCCAUUCACUCCCGUUGUUCUUUGUUCUUGCUUUGUCCUCCACUGUUUUUCUGCCUUUUAUGGAGUUGAUUUUAUAUGAUUUUUGUUUCCUUUCAUUGCUUUUUUUUUUUUAUUGAGACAGGCAUCGAGGCUGGAGUGCAGUGGUGUGAUCAUGGCUCCCUGCAGCCUCAACUUCUUGGGUUCAAGUGAUCCUUCCACCUCAGUCUCCCAAUUAGCUAGGACUACAAGUAUGCAAUUAGCUAGGACUACAAGUAUGCAAUUAGGAAUACAAGUAUGCAGUUAGCUAGGACUACAAGUAUGCAAUUAGCUAGGACUACAAGUAUGCAAUUAGCUAGGACUACAAGUAUGCAAUUAGCUAGGACUACAAGUAUGCAAUUAGCUAGGACUACAAGUAUGCAAUUAGCUAGGACUACAAGUAUGCAAUUAGCUAGGACUACAAGUAUGCAAUUAGCUAGGACUACAAGUAUGCAGUUAGCUAGGACUACAAGUAUGCAAUUAGCUGGGACUAUAUGCAAUUAGCUGUGACUAGAAGUAUGCAAUUAGCUGUGACUAGAAGUAUGCAAUUAGCUGUGACUAGAAGUAUGCAAUUAGCUGUGACUACAAGUAUGCAAUUAGCUGUGACUACAAGUAUGCAAUUAGCUGUGACUGCAAGUAUGCAAUUAGCUGAGACUGCAAGUAUGCAGUUAGCUGGGACUACAAGUAUGCAAUUAGCUGGAACUACAAGUAUGCAUUUAGCUGGAACUACAAGUAUGCAAUUAGUUAGGACUACAAGUAUGCAAUUAGCUGGGACUACAAGUAUGCAAUUAGCUGGGACUACAAGUAUGCAGUUAGCUGGGACUACAAGUAUGCAGUUAGCUGGGACUACAAGCAUGCAGUUAGCUAGGACUGCAAGUAUGCACCACCAUACCUGGCCUUUUCUGUAGGGACAGGGUCUCACUGUGUUGCUCAGGAUAGUCUCUAAGUCCUGGACACAAGCCAUCUUUCUACCUUGGCAUGAGCCACUGUACCUGGCCUGUUUUCUCUUUUUAGCAUUUUUAUACUUUGGUUUUUACUAAUUGCCCUGGAGUUUGCAGUAUAGACUUGCAACAAAUCCAAGUCCACCUUCAAAUAACACUAUACCAGUUCAGUUACUUUGACUGCCUUCUAAUAGGAAUGUAAUACCAAUUUCUCUCAUAUUCCCAUCUCUUGUGUUAUUGUUCCAUUUGUUUCAGUUAUAUGUAAGCAUACAUAGCCUUGUAUAUAUUAAAGCAUGUAAUUGGCUGGGUGCUGUGGCUCACGCCUGUAAUCCCAACACUUUGGGAGGCUGAGGCAGGUGGAUCAUGAGGUCAGGAGAUGGAGACCCUCCUUGCUAACACGGUGAAACCCCAUCUCUACUAAAAAUAUAAAAAAUUAGCUGCAUGUGGUGGCACACGCCUGUAGUCCCAGCUACUCGGGAGGCUGAGACAGGAGAAUUGCUUGAACCAGGGAGGAGGUGGAGGUUGCAGUGAGCUGAGAUUGCCACUGCACUCCAGUCUGGGUGACAGAGCAAGACUGUCUAAAAAAAAAAAGAAGUACAUAAUUGCAUACAUUGUUAUAUACAAACUGUUAUAUGUUAGGUCAAUUAAGAAUAAAAAGUAAGCGGCUGGGUACGGUGGCUCUUGCCUGUAAUCCCAGCACUUUGGGAGGCCAAGCUGGGUGGAUCACGAGGUCAGGAGAUCGAGACCAUUCUGGCUAACAUGGUGAAACCCCGUCUCUACUAAAAAUACAAAAAGCUGGGCGUGGUGGCAGGUGCCUGUAGUCGCAGCUACUCGGGAGGCUGAGGCAGGAGAAUGGCAUGAACCUGGAAGGCAGAGCUUGCAGUGAGCCGAGAUCACGCUACUGCACUCCAGCCUGGGUGACAGAGUGAGACUCCAUCUCAAAAAAAAAAAAAAAAUUUUACCACCACUUAUUCCUUCUCUAAUGUUCUUUUUAAAAUGUAGAUUCAGGCCGGGUGUGGUGGCUCACACCUGUAAUCCCAGCACUUUGGGAGGCUGAGAUGGGUGGAUCAUGAGGUUAACAGUUCAAGACCAACCUGGCAAAGAUGGUGAAGCACUGUCUCUACUAAAAAUACAAAAAAAUUAGCCAGGCGUGGUGGAGGGCACCUGUAAUCCCAGCUACUUGGGAGGCGGAGGCAGAGAAUUGCUUGAACUUGGGAGGCAGGGGUUGCAGUGAGCCAAGAUUGUGCCACUGCACUCCAGCUUGGGCAACAGAGUGAGACUGUCUCAAAAUAAAUAAAAAUAAAAUAUAGAUUCAGUUUUCCGAUGUAUAUCUUUUUUUUCUCUAGAUAACGUUUAACAUUUUCUCACAUGACACAUCUGCUGGCAGCAAGUUUCCUCAACUUUUGUUUGUCCAAGGAAUGUUUUAUUUCUCAUUUACUUUUGAAAGAAGAUCUCACAGGGCACUGAAAUCUAAGUUGAUUUUUUUUUUUUUUCUCUCAGCUUGUUUAAUAUUUCAUUCCACUCUUUUUACUUUCGUGGUUCUGAGAUGUUGAAUGUAAUUUUUUUUUUUUUUUUUUUUUUUGAGAUGGAGUCUUGCUCUGUUGCUCAGGCUGGAGUACAGUGGCGUGAUCUCAGCUCACUGCAAGCUCCGCCUCCUGGGUUCACACCAUUCUCCUGCCUCAGCCUCCUGAGUAGCUAGGACUACAGGUGCCCGCCACCACACCCAGCUAAUUUUUUGUAUUUUUAAUGGAGAUGGGAUUUCACCGUGUUAGCCAGGAUGGUCUCGAUCUCCUGACCUCGUGAUCCACCCACCUCGGCCUCCCAAAGUACUGAGAUUACAGGUGAGCCACCGAGCCCAGCCUGAAUGUGAUUCUUAUCUUUCUCUAUAGGUAAGAUGUUGUCCACUCCACCUUUGGUUUCUUUUGGAGUUGAUGUUUUAUACAGUUGGAGAAUAAUAUGCCUAGGUGUAGGUUUUUGGCAUGUAUCCUGCCUGGUGUCCUCUGAGCUUCCUGGAUCUUUGGUUUGGUGUCUGACAUUAACAGUAGAAGUUGUCAGACAUGAUUGUUGCAGAUGUUUCUUCUGUUUCUCUCUCUUCUCCUUCUGGUAUUCUCAUCACUCUGUGUUACACCUUUUCUAGCUGUCCCACAGUUCUUGGAUAUUAUGUUCCAUUGUUUUCAGUUUUUAAAGUUUCUUUCAACGUUUUCAGAGCUCAGAGACUCUUUCCUUUGUUGUGUUCAGUCUACUAAUAAGCCAAUCAAAGACAUUCUUCAGGUCUGUUGCAGUAUUUUUUUAUCUCUACUGUUUCUUUUUUGUUCUUUCCUUGGACUUCUGUCUCUCUGCUUACAUUGCCUAUCUGUUCUUGAAUGCUGUCUCCUUUGUUCAUCAGAGCCCUUAGCAUACUACUCAGAGAUUUUUAAAAAAUCCCUGUGUGAUAAUUCCAAUAUCAUAGCGGUGGCUUGUUCCAAUGAUGUGUCACUUCAAAUUGUGUUUUUUGCCUUUUAGUAUGCCUUGUACUUUUUGUUUAUUCCUAGAUAUGAGAUAUCAUGUAAAAGGAACUACUGUACAGUGCAUCCAGUAAUGAUGGGAAGCUGUGGAGGGGAGGGGAAGCCGUCUUAGUCCAUCCAGGCUGCUAUACCAGCAUAACUUAGAGCAAGUUGUCUGUAAACAACAGAAAUUUAUUGCUCAGUUUGGAGGCUAGAAAGUCCAAGGUCAAGGUUCCAGGAGAUUCAGUGUUUGAUGAGACCCAUUCUUCAUAGAUAGUGCCAACUAUAUGUCCUCUCAUGUUGGAAUGGACAAAGAAGCUUCCUUUGGCCUCUUUCAUAAGUGCACUAAUCCCAGUUGGGAUGGCUUUGCCAUUACCUUUCAAAGGCCCCACUCCUUAAUUCUAGUGCAUUGGAGACUUGGUUUCAACAGGCACAUUUUGCAGGGGGUCAGGCAGGGAACAGAUAUUCAGACCGUAGCAGAAGUGUUCUGGAGUCUUACGAUUGGACCUCAUUGUUUAAGUGAGUCUCUGCUUUUGGACUAUGAACUUCACAUAUUUCUCUGUUUUUUUUUAUGUUCCCCUUUAGGGAUGACUGGAGUAGGCUGGAGUUGGUAUUUCCCUUCCAGCAGGUCAUUUAGGAUCUGAUUAUAUGAGAGCAGAUUAGACUGAGGUUCAGUAAUUUCUCCUGAGGACAAGCCUUGUUAAGAACAGGGUGCUCUGGCAUAUUUUAAGAUGGUUUUCCUUUUUCCUUCCCAAAGGUGGAAGCAGGAAGUGAGUUUUCUCAGGUAUUUGCCACAGGAGCCUGGUGAAGCUCCAGGAGGUAAAUUUUACAAUAUUAUGUUCUCUCAUAACUGUAUCUCCCUGGUGUUUUUACCUCCUUGAAUUGCAGCAAUUCACCGGUUAUAGUUCAAGAUUUUCUACUCCAGCACUGGUUCCUAAGGUAGUUUCCAUAGUGAGUCUCUGUUCCUGUAAGCCAUAAAUUCCUAUAUUCACUUCUCUAUUUCUCCAAUCUUGGGGGCAGUGGUUUGCACUAUGUCCUCUCUUCACAUUUAAAUCCCAAAAGAAUUGUUGAUUUUUCAGUCUCUUCAGCUUUUAUUUGUUUUAUUAAAAAUUCUUUUUUAGAGUUGGGGAUCUCACUAUGUUGCCCAGGCUGGUCUCAAACUCCUGGACUCAAGGGAUCCUCCUGCUUUGGCCUCUCAAAGUGCUGGGAUUACAGGCAUGAGCCACCACACUUGACCUUUUCAGCUUUUCAUGUGUUGUUAAGAUGGACUGAUUACUUCCAUUCUUUUUUUUUUUUCCUUUUUUUGAGAUGGAGUCUCACUUUGUUGCCCAGGCUGGAGUGCAAUGGUGCAAUCUCAGCUCACUGCAACCUCUGGCUCCCAGGUUCAAGUGAUUCUCCCUGCCUCAGCCUCCUGAGUAGCUGGGAUUACAGGCACCCACCACCAUGCUGGCUAAUUUUUGUAUUAUUAUAUUUUAUUUUUUAUUUUUUUGAGGCAGAACUCACUCUGUCAUCCAGGCUGUAGUGCAGUGGCAUGAUCUUGGCUCACUGCAACCUCCACCUCCCAGGUUCAAGCAAUUCUGCCUCAGCCUCCCAAGUAGCUGGUACUACUGGCACAUGCCACCACACUUCGCUAAUUUUUGUAUUUUUAGUAGAGAUGGGGUUUUGCCUUGUUGGCCAGGUUGGUCUCAAACUCCUGACUUCAGGUGAUCCACCCACCUCAGGCUCCCAAAGUGCUGGGAUUACAUGCGUGAGCCACCGCAUCCAGCCUAAUUUUUGUAUUUUUAGUAGAGACAGGGUUUUGCCAUGUUGGCCAGGCUGGUCUUGAACUUCUGACUUCAGGUGAUCUGCCCACCUCAGUCUCCCAAAGUGCUGGGAUUACAGGCAUGAGCCACUGCACCUGGCCACUUUUAAGCUUCUUACAUGCAGAAAUUGGAACCUGGAAUGUGUUUCUAAGACUUAUCUUCUUAAUGCCUAUGUGGACAAUUAAAGGAUUUUUCUCCUCAGGACUCUGAUGAAUUGUAUUAGUAGACUUUCUAAUAUUGAGCUUUUCUUAAUUAGUGAAAUAAACUCAGAAAGUUCCUUCUUGGCCUUAACAGUCUAUUUCUCUUUGUAAAUAUUAGUGUUUCUGUGGAUUUGGUACUUGUUCCUUUUUAUCCUUUCAUUCUCUUAGGUUCAUUUGGUCUGAUGGAUUCAGGUACCAUUGAAAUUCUGAUACUUUCAAAAUCUUUAUCUCCAGCUUUGAUCUCUCUCGUGAACUCUGGAAGUGUAUUCCGAAUUGCCAGUUGGACAUCCCUACCUAUUGGACCUCGGAUAUUUCAAACAUGAUGUGUCCAAGUCUGUAUCACUUCUGGCCAUCAUAUUGUUCUUUUAUUUUUCCAAAUUUCACAUCACCAGUAACAAACUAGCUGUGAUCAUGGCAGAUAGCCUGGAAGUAAAACUUACCCUUUUUACCCUCUGCACAGCAAAUUGACAUCAAAUCCUCUUUCUACGUUUUUCCUUUUAACUAUUGCUUCCCUAUUCUCUACUCUCACUACUCCAUCUUCUGAUGUAGGUGGUCAUCUAUCUUCCUCUUUUCCUCUCCUCUGACUCGUAAGCCCUUUCCCGUUCUCAUUCUCAGGAAUGGCUGUUAAAAUGCCAAUAUGGUCAUGUAACUUUCCUGUACUUAGUGAACCUCCUUAUUUACACCCUGUUUGUGAAGUGGCUGUGUUUAGCCUAGGUGGACACAGAAUUUUUUUGGCAUGUACAAAGAGAAUUUUAUGCUGCCUGUGUACAGCUAUUAAUUUGUAAGUACACUUAGCUUUUUGUAUCUGUAGGUUUAACAUCUGUGUAUGUAAACAAACUUGGAUGCAAAAUAUUUGAAAUAAAAUCAGAUGCUUGCAUCUGUAGUGAACAUA